GUUCCUCCUGGCAUUUAUCGAAAAGGUCCUAAAAAGAAAAAAAAGUCUAUUUUUCACGAUGAAGAAGUGGAAAAAGAAUUGCACCAAUUAGCGGUCAAUUUAACUCAAAAAAGUAGUUUCUAUACUUCUUUGCGGAACUUUCAACAAAAAACUCUCAUGAAUUUUACUCCGGAGGAUUUUGACCGAGGAUUAUAUUUUUCUACUUUCACCUUCAACAAUUAUCAGAAAAAAAUGUCUUUUUCCUUUUCUCCCUGGCGAAAAAAGCGAAAAUGUCCGGUUUCUGGUUGUAAUGGAAAGCACUUUUACCAGCGGGUUUCUCACCUAACUUCUUCCUUCUUGGCUGAGAAGAAAAUCGCUAAAAAAAGGAUGGGAAGGAAUUUAGAGGGAGCGAAUGACCUUUUUAAUCAGGCCAUUAGUGAUAUUCAAAAAAAGCAUGACUGUCAUCGCAAUUGGCAUAUUCAUAUGCUCUCGACCAAUUUUUUGCCCGUCAAAUACAACCACGAAGUUUGUGGACUAGUGGAUAUUAAACAACUUUCCCAUUUAAAAAUUAGUAAUAAACCAAUUAAAUCUGCCGAAGGAGUGGUCGUCUACCUAACUAAAUAUUUAGCCAAAUCAUUUUCAAUGCGAGCCAAUCUAGAACAAGCCAAAAAAUCAGGUUUAUUAUCCGGCAUGAAAAUUUAUAAAUUCUUCCAAGCUUCUUAUGGAAACCAUAAAGAAAUCCGAGCAAAAAUUUCUGCUUCUGAUUUCUCACUGGCGUUAAGCAGCGAGGAGGCAAUGGCUC